AUGGCAAACAACAAUCUAUUUGGUAUUCUCCCACCAAACAUGUGUUCACAUCUUCAAAAGCUUGAAGAACUUUGCUUGUAUAAGAAUAAGCUAUAUGGCAACAUUCCAAAGAGCAUAGGUAAAUGUUCUUCGCUUAAAUACCUUUCUAUGUGGGAGAAUCAACUAAAUGGGUCGUUGCCAAGACAGAUCGGAAAUUUGACAAUGUUAAAGAAUCUUGACCUUGCUGAGAAUUCAUUGUCAGGUGAAAUACCAAGAGAGAUUGAAAGCUUGAAUAUGCUUCAAAUUUUACGUCUUGGUAGUAAAAACUUAGAAGGUAAUAACAAGCUAUAUGACAACAUUCCAAGGUACAUAGGUGGAUGUUCUUCAUCACUUAAAUACCUUUCUAUGUGGGAGAAUCAACUAAAUGGGUCGUUGCCAAGACAGAUUGGGAAUUUGACAAUGCUAGAGGGUCUUGAACUUUUUGAGAAUUCAUUGUCAGGCUUCAUUCCGAAUUCCCUUGGAAACUUAGCACAACUCAAAAUUCUAAAUCUGGGUCCAAUCUCGGAUUGUUUAAGGAACAUUUCUUCCUUGAGAGUGAUCCGUCUGUAUGAAAAUGAAUUCACAGUCUUCCCUCCUACCCUACGGAGCAUUAAAAAUCUUUUGAUGCUCGACUUGGAUUCGAAUAACUUGAGCGGUUCUCUAACUCAAGAAAUCGAGAAUGCAAAGAUGACAAUAUUUAUUGACCUCUCAUAUAACAAACUAUCCGAAGAAAUUCCGAGUAGUAUUGGAGGUUUGACAGAGUUAAUGAAUUUUUCAGUAGCUCAUAACACAAUUCAGGGUUCUAUUCCUGAUACAUUUGGCAAACUCCUAGAUCUACAUUCAUUGGAUCUUUCUGAUAAUAAAAUUUGCGGAAUUAUUGGAGGGUGA